AUGAAACAUUCAGGGCAGUUGUCGUGGCGCGUGGGCGAGGGCGAGGUGACCGAUGCGCCCGCGCCGCCCACCGUCGCCGCCAUAGCGCUCUCAAUCAAAUCCCGCGCGAUCCAGGACAGUCGAUGUUAUUUGAUGAAUGGCGGCGCGGUCGAGAGCUUCUUCAUCAGCGAGGAUACUCCUGUCGGAAGUGUAAUCGGUACACUAAGCGUCAAUGGUGAUCCGAGCGAAGAGCAGGGUGACAUCACCCUGCGCCUGCAGGAAAAGGGUGCUGCGAUAGGCAUAUCGCCCGGCACCAAGAACCUGACGCUGCUGCGAGCUCUCGACCGCGAGGAGAAGAAGGGACCUUCCAAUGUGUAUGUGAACGUAAGAUGUGAUAGAAGACGGACUACCGAUCCGAGUUUUAUAAUACCAGUUUCCAUACGUGUGUGGGAUGUGAACGACAACGCCCCAGUCUGGCAGGGGGCUCCGUACAAGGUGCGACUGUCAGAGUUGACGGCAGUGGGUACCCGAGUGGCGGUAGGCGCCAGGGCUACUGACGCAGACCAGGCGGGACCACAUGCUACCAUACAUUAUUCGAUAUUACCAGGACCACAUAGCGAUUACCUGGGUUUCCCGAAUGAACUGGACAGCGUAUUGACUGUAAAGAAGCCUCUCGAUUACGAGACCCUUAAGAAUUUCACCAUCACUCUACGUGCUCAGGACGCAGGGACGCCUCCUUUGCACAACGAUACUGAACUGCGUGUCCAGGUGCUGGAUGCGGAUGAUCAGAACCCUAAAUUUAGUCAUGAGCAUUAUACCGCGGUGUUACCCGAAGAUGUUAAAGAGGGUGCAGUAUUAUCAACGUCUCCUGGACCAAUUUCGGCUGUGGACCAGGACGUGGGUAUUAAUGCUCCACUGCAGUACUCGGCAACAGGAGACAAUGGGCGUCUGAUCACCGUGGACAAGGACACGGGACAAGUAGGUGCUACGAAACAACUUAUAGAGGAACUGAACCAGCCUGUCACUGUAGUUAUAAAGGCCACACAAGUAGACAAUUCAGACCGCUAUGCUCUUGCAACCCUGUCUAUACGACGCGCGGGUCCCAUCGGGAGGUUUAUUUCAUCAACACCAACACCAGCAGCGGGAGGCCCGGUGCGCUUCCGACGCAAGCAGUUCAGUGCCAGCGUCAGCGAGGCGGCCGCGCCGGGACACGUGGUGCUCACCUUGAAUACUGUUCCGCCUGCGAAUUCUUUGCAGAACAAUCUCCAGUUCUACGUGUCAGAUCGUUCGUUCCUGGAAAAAUUCGCCAUCAACAGCGCUGGUGAAGUGGUUUUGAGGCGUGCGCUCGACUACGAGGAUAAGGAUGGAUACUACUAUCAAGUUAUGUUAACCGAUGGAAUAUCGAACGACACAGCGUCAAUUAACAUCUCAGUGAUAAACGUCAACGAGUGGGAACCGCGCUUCAAAUACCCGCAGUAUGAGUUCAGGGUGGAGGAUGACACGAGUGACGAUACCGAGAUGUUACCGGUCGGCAAACUGGACGUGUUCGAUGGAGAUAAAUUGGACAGUGUCACUCUUACUCUGAGAGGGUCCGGUUCUGAGAUGCUGUACGUGAACUCUUCGGGCGACAUGUUCCUGCGCUCGGGCGCGCUGCGCUCGCUGAACUCGUCCGUGCUCCACGUCGUGGCCACCGCCGUGGACUCCGGCGCGCCGCCGCGACAGACGUCCGUCCCGGUGACGGUGCACGUGAACGAGCGUCUGCUGCAGCCGGGCGUGGGCGUGGGCGGGGGCGGGGGCCGGGUGGAGGGGAGCGCGGGGGUGGUGGCGCUGUUCGCGGCGGCGCUGGCGGCGCUCGCCGUGCUGGUGUGCGCGCUGCUGCUCUACAUCUAUAGAGUCCGUCGUAGAUCUAAGCAAACCUCCGGGUACGUUGCACACGAGAAACCAGCGCAGGCGUCCGCUACCAACUCCGCCGCGCCCCCCUCCGCCCCGUCACCCAUCGCGCCCUCCGCGGGGGAGCCCUCAGGGGGCGCGGGGGCGCUGGGCGGAGGGGCGGGGGGGGCCGGGGGGGCGCCCGCCCUGCGCGCCUCGGGCAGCGCGGGGUCGCUGCUGAGCGUGAGCGCGGGCGCCAGCACCAUCCUCGCCAACUCCACGUCCAGCCUCGACCUGCACCAGGACACGCAGAACCACGCGGCAGCUUCCGGUCGGCAGUCACAACGCUUUCCCCGAAGUAAAGUAGCUCCCCUUGCCCCCUCCCUCGCCUCCAACAGUACCGCUCUCCCCCCAGCGGGAGGAGUAUCGCUGAUGUCGGAUCAUCUGUGCGGGAGAGAGGCGGGCAGGUCCGGGGUGGCUUGGCCCAGUGCCACGAUUCCCGCCAGAGUGAAAAAGCUCAGCUGGGACGAUGCAGCCCCUGAUGGACAAAACAAGUGGGGGGGAGGUGACCGACGCGACCAAUCCCUCAGUCGCGGACCACAUGAAUCUCACCGUCUACUUCUGACCGACCGCGACAACGAAUGUGCUGCACUACAACAUGCACAGGAACAGACGUAUAGAAAAGUAUCGCAAGUAGACCGCAAAGAAAAGUUUCAAGAAGGGGCCGCAGGAAUAGAACGAUCUCCAGAAGAUUGCAAGUCAAAAAUUUCAGGUCAAAGCAAGCAAGAUUUUGCAAGACCUAUAAAUUGUGAUGAACAGAAUUAUAUUAAUAUUUCAGGACAUUUGAACUCACCUGAAGGUUUCCCCAAAACUGUUGCAUUAGCUCAAAAUACUGAGAAGUUCAGAAGGGCUCUUAAUAUUCCAAAUACUUAUUCGAUAAGGUCUUCAGGACAGAGAAAAAGAGCUUCAUUUAAAUCGGUAUCACCAGUAAACACUCAUGAGUCAAACGCCUUACCAGCCUCGACCUCAGAUUCUGCACUAAACACUGUUGGCAUUCCCGCCUACAACAACCAUUUAUUAUUUGAUGGAAACAUGUCUGCAAGUUCAACUUCGCCUUCCAAUUGUCCUACCAUGGUCGUAGACCAUCAUCAGGAUCAUCCGAAGUUUAAAGACGUCGCUCAAUACAUACAUAGCACUAUACCAUCUUCUAAACCCAACAAAUCAUCAACCAAGCAUUUAAAACCUCCUAAAAAUAAACUCAAAAACAUUCUGACCACACCCACGAACCAUUCCAUCAGGAUCAAUCGAGCUUCUUCGAACUACGCAAUACCAAUUCCAAACCAAAAUGCUCUAGGGACGAGUCCAACUAUCGCAGUUGCCUCUUCAGCCCCCAUAAUGUACGAAAGCCCGGAUUUCUCUGACUCCUUGCCGGGGUCUCCCCUCUCGUACGCUACGGUUGAUCCCCGGAAAUUGCGCACAAAGCACAUCAAACCUUUAACCUUCGGGUUGGCUAGUCCCCGAUAUCAACCACUAUAA